AUAUUUUUCAAUUAAUUUGAAAUUUAUCCAUUUGUCGAUGGAGGAAUUGCGCGAAAUUGCAAAAGCCUAUUUGGAUGCUGCCUCCCUUGAUAUGCAGAAGGAGGCGCAAAAUUUUUUCAACGAAAUGGAUAGCAAUUUAGAUGGCAAAGUGAGCCUCCAAGAAUUUCUGGACUUCAUGAGGGAAGAACAAUAUCAAGAAUUGAGGAGUUCGGAUUUGUUUAAGCAGCUUUGCAGAGGAAACAGUGAGACCCUGGAGUUCAUGGACGUCAUGACUCUUUACUAUAUAAUUCGAAGUGGAAGGCCAUUUUGCGAUGCUUGUAACCAAUUUAUCAAGGAUACCUACUUUUGUUGCACCAAAUGCUUCCACAGCUCCAACGAGAAUUACCGCCUUUGCUUUCAAUGUUUCCAGGGUAAGAAAUAUAUAACCGGCUCUCAGUCUCAUCGCCAUCAAUUUGUGGAUAACUUCACUUUGCUUGAACUGAAGAGGAAAGAUGCAUUAAAAGGGGCAGCUGUCUCAAAUAAGGGAAAACGUGAGAGGAUGAAGGCGAAGCUUAAAGCAAUCGAGAAAACACUGAUAGCUGGAAGUAGUAAGGGCACAACUAGUGAUUGUGCCAUGCAGUGAAAUAUUUCACAUGCACAAUUAUUACAACUAUUCCAAUUCCUCUGCAUCGGACAUUUAUAUUUUCAAUAUUUUAUUUUGAACCUAUUGAGUUAUAAUAAAAUUAAAUUUGUGUGGUUAUUCAAUAUGAGAAAGUUAUUUGUGAAUUUGUGUAAUUCAUAACCGAGUUCCUUAUGUUUCAAAAACACAAAAAUUGAACUCAAGUAGUUAAAUGAAUA